GCAAGAGGCGGCUUUGUCGUAGGCCUUGUUCGUCGAAGGACGGAAGAUCCAGCCCUUCCCGCCCAGCAGCAGCAAGCAUCCCCUUUCGGAUCUUCAGCUCAGCUGCUGUUGCUCCUGCCUGCAUCGCACCGCAUCACGCCGCGCGCCACCGUGCGAGUGCAUCGUCGGCUCACCUGGAGAUCUAUCUGGCUACUCGCGAGUGGCGGCCAGACGAGCUCAGUGAUCUCUUUCCUUGUUCGCUUCUCAAGGCUGCCGUCGCGACCGCUCUAUCAUCUCACCGCAUAGAUUUCAGCCUGGUGAGUGUCGCGGUGUGGCCAUGAUGCUGUACGUGUCAAAGCCGCCCUUUGAGGACCACCAGCCCCUCCAUCAGCACCACCACCAACCCCACCUUGGCAUGAGGCCAUACGGCGGCGUGAGCCACCACUCCCCCGGGCACUCACACGGACACCAUCACUCCACCAGACCCCCCAGGAAGGAGCCGAAGCUGCAGUUCUACAAGACAAAGGUGAGUCACUCGGUAGGGUCGGCCGGCGGGUCACAGGGGGGGUGAGAUGGAUCCAGGCGUGUCAAGUCACUGUGUUGCGGUGCAUGUGCCGGCUGUGUGACUGUGUGUUCAGAUGUGUCCGUUUGUGGAGCGGGGGCGGUGCACCCGAGGGGCGUCGUGUCUCUUUGCACACUCACCUGAAGAGCUCAGACCCCUGCCGGUACGCCACGCCCCUCACACGUGGCAGCCACACAACCACGGCACAACGAUGCUCGCACCGCAUGACACGUGUGGUCUGCAGGAUCUGACCAAGACCCGGUUCUGCGAGACCAUGCGACACCUCGUAUGCCGCCCACACACACACGGACAGUCGGAAUUCGGUCAACACAUGAACGCAUCCAUCCGUGUGUUGUGUGUGGUGUUCAGGGUCACUGUACUGAUAUGGCCUGUCCGUUCGCCCACUCGGCCUCCGAGCUGCGGCACACGGCCGACUUCUUCAAGACCUCCCUAUGCACUAUGGUAUGUAUGCUGGCCUCUCGGUGACACACACACGACGAGACGAGCAAACGUGUGGAUGAAUCCUUCGUGUGUUGACCUGGUUGUGUUGACCUGCCUGGUCGUCUCUCUCGUCCAUUCAUUGAUCAGUGGAAGAAGGGUUACUGUCCGAGCGGUGAAUUCUGCCGCCACGCACACGGCGAGCUGGAGCUGCGGGAGGUGCCUAAGGUGCCCGUCAGAUACAAGGGCACCCACCACCGGUGCGCACACGACACUCCACUCCACGGCAACACACUACACUACACUACACUACACAUACACAAGUUCCCUUCCUUGUUUGUGCAGUGGAGGUGGCAACCAUCACCACCACAUGGGAGGCGGCAACAGCCACCACUCGUCGCUGAUGGCCAUGCCGCCACGCAAGGCCAUCAUGGAGCCGCCACUUAUGAAGGCGGCCGCCAAGCGCACGCCCUCACCCUCCCCACCCACAAUCCACCCACCACCCAUCACGCAGCAGCAGCAACAGCCACAGCCGCAGCCGGAGAUCUCCUGUCUCCCCCCGCCGGUCACAAUCCGCUGCGUCGAUGCGCCAUGCGUCCCCCACACAGUCGGUCCGCAAGAGGAGGACCGAGUCAGCAUGUUGGUGGCCGUGAAGCGCAACAAGACCCAGAAGCGGCGCCACGCCGUCAGCAACCGGCCCCUGACGCCACCGGCUUUCUGCGGCGACGAGGGGAAGGCCAUCAUCGAGGGCGAGGAAGAGGCUGAUGACGUGCAACAGCAGAAUCCGCAGCUCAUGGUGACCAUGAGCACCAACACGCCCUCCAGUGGGUCGACGCGGAGCGACGAGAACGGCGAGAUGGCCGUCGGUGUGGGUGUGGGUGUGGGCAGCAUUGUGCCCAACGACCACCCGUCCGUCGGGGCAGCAUUUGGUGGUGGUAGUGGUCUUGGUGUGGGUGUGGGCAUGGGCAUGGGCGUCACCUCACUGUCUACGGCCACAACAACCAACUCGACCACCUCCAGCCCCUCGCACGAAAUUCCCUGCCCCAUCCCCGACGCGCGGCUGCCGCUGCCGUCCAGCGAGGCCGCCAACUCCCCCAUGUUCACCACGAGCUGCCACCUCAACCACCACACCCCCACCGGAUACGCAAGCCCCCCGCCGCCCACACACACCGAGCCGCUCGAGUUCAUGACGCCCAUGACCUCCGUCAGCCCACACGCCGGGUCGAUCGGGGGAUACAGCGCCCCUUCGCCAUACGCCUAUGGGUACAGCACCGCGCGGUCGCCGAUGGGCCUGUCGCUGCCGUCGUUCCCCUCGCCGUUUCUCGCGCCUGACCCGAGCAGCAUUGGGGGGUAUGUGGCCGGCGGCGGUGCUGGGGGUGGUGGUGGUCAGAUGGGUGGCCCUCAGGGUGAUGAUGGGAGCGGUGGUGGGAUGGGCAUGAUGCCCGCCAUCGACUUGCUGAGGAAGGCGCAGCCCACCCACUAUGAGGACUGACCAUUGGGGGGGAGGGGGGGAGGGUGGGGGGCUCUGGCGCGGUGUUCCUGUCUGUGUGUGAGUGUCGUUGUGUGUUGGUGUACAUGGUAUGGCGUGGCGUGCUGUGGGGGUUGUGGGGCCUCGAGUCUUACUACUCAUAAUAGAUAUGUCAAGGCGGCAUCAGCCUACCCUAUAUCGUCUAUCGCAGUCGUGAGGGGAGGGAGGGCAGGGCCCGGGAUCGGGAUGGAUGGAUGGAUGGACGGAGUGGCGAGUCGUGUGCCUGCCUGUGUGUUUGCGGUGUUGCUUUAGCCUUACCGUGGGUGAGAGAGUGAGAAAGCAAUAGUGCGACAGACGACAGAGCGGCCGACAGAGAGACAGACAUCGUCUCACAUCGUCUCCUCGGUCUGUCUGUCUGUGCGCGAGCCAUACAGUGGUUUUGUUGGCACUGCUCGCCGGUAGACAGGCAGGCAGGCAGUCGGUAGUCAACCGUGCUGUUGGUGUGCGCGGCAGAACACACAGACACACAGACAAGGAAGCAAGUUCACCUGAUCGACCGAAGGUGCCGGUCCACUGAUAUCCCUCCCUACCUCCCUCUGUCUGUCUGCUCCUUUUGCCUGUGUGAAUGAAUGCUUUGUGUCUGGUGUGGUGUGGUGUGGUAUGGUGGUGUUUGUCGUACCUCUGAUUGGUCUCUCUCCCUCUCUCUCUCUCUGUGGUAGGGUGCAUCCGUCGAUUCUUUGCCCGUCUGUUGCGUUGGUCGGUCGGUGUAUGGUGUGGUAUUGGUGGCCACGAAGGAAAGGGAUGGACAGACAGGUUAGGUGGGUUCCUGCAUGCAUGCGUGUGUGAGUGAAUGCGGGCUCCUGACUGCAGCGCGUGUCGGUCCUUCCAUCUGUCUGUCUAUCUGCCUGCCUGCCUGCCUAUGUCUGUCUGUGUGUGGUGGAUUGAUGCGAUGCGAUGCGUUUUGAUUGGUCGCUGAUGUGGCUGCAUGGGUAAUGCUGCGAGGGGAGGGAGGGACACACGGAAAUGUCCCAGAGAGAUGAUGGGAGGGGGAGGGAGGGAGGGAGUGGUCUCUGUGCGGAUGGAUGGAUGGAUGUGUGAAUGAUGCAUGACAGGUGUACGUGUACAUACAUACCCUAUUUGUUAUCGAUCGACCGCGAGCCGCCGUCGGCUCUCUUCCUCAUACCUUGCCUUCCUCCCCUGUAGCCCUCUCCUCGUUUGUUGUCUUGUUCUCUUGUUGUCCUGUCUCGUCUGCAUGUUGCUGCUGUACCAUAGGCGCUGCUCGCAGGCCAGUUUCCUCUCCUCGCUCUCAUUUCCUCUCCUCGUCUCGUCUCUGCUCGUCUCGUCUCGUCUCUGCUCGUCUCUUCUGGCCACAGAUCGCUUGCUCUUUCAUUUCGCGUUCGUCCAUCUAUGUGGUGGCUGUGUCGGUGAUGUAUUUGUGACUUACGACCGGGCGUCACGCGACACACUGGGGCAGUGUGAGGGGAGGGAUGGGUAUGAAUUCAUAUAUACAAUUCUCUACAUCAUACGUAUACACAUCUACACAUCUACCUACCUACAUGUCCAUACGUACAUACAAACUACUGUAUGUCUGUCUACGCAUGUGUACACUCUGUCGAUCUCACUGGCACACGCUCCUUCUCCUUCUUUGGUCUCUCUAUCUCUCUCUUCGCAUCAGCCGACGAUGCAUCGGCGG